AUGAUGAUAACUCAGCUUACAGGGCUUUCUUUGCUCUUCGCAAAAGCUUUGGCCGUACCCGCUCUUACAGGCUACAGUGUCACUUGGUACGACGAAUUCGAUGGGCCGAAAGGCUCCUUCCCUACCGGCGGGUGGAAUGUAAAAAUAACAACCCCCGCAGAAAACUCCAAUGACGAACAACAAUUCUACACCAACUAUGCCAGCAACGGCCAGCUUUGGGGUGAUGGCCAACUUUUCAUUACUCCAGAAAAGCGCGGCUCCAAUCCUCAGUAUUGGACCUCAGCACGCCUCGAGAGCCAAGGGGCGUGGUCCUGUCCUCCCGGAAAGGCUAUGAUAUUCCAAGCUGAUCUCCGUGGGCCCGACUUUACCGGUAACCCAAGCAACCUCGAAGGUAUCUGGCCUGCUUUCUGGGCCUUAGGCAACGCUUGCCGUAACGGUGGCUCAUGGCCUGACUGUGGCGAGUGGGAUAUUUUCGAAACCAUCAACAAUCUGGGUGACAAAAACCAAGGCGUUGUGCAUUAUAAGAAAACCGACGGCCAACAUGGGAGCCUUAGUGGUCAAGUACAAUAUACUGGUGGCCAAUAUCACACGUGGGCUAUCAAAGUGGACAGGAGGAACACUGACUGGACUCAGCAGAAGCUUAUCUGGUACAAGGAUGGCGCAGAAUAUCUUACCGUUACUGGGGCAAACAUUGGGAACUUUCAAAUAUGGGAGAAACUGGCAUAUAAAUCUUUCUUCAUGAUCCUCAACGUGGCAGUCGGUGGAGCUGGGAGUUAUGGAGGGCCAUGGACAUCAGCGACCAUUGGCGGUACCGCAGCCGCCUUGAGAGUUAAAUAUGUUGCUGUGUACCACUCAACCUAG